AUGUCCAAUUCUAACUCAACAAUCAACAAUAACAACACAACUUCCUCCUCAAUCACGGGAGGCUGGACAGGGACAGGGACAGGAACAGGAACAGGAAUCAGUUCCUUCUCCCACAACAUCGCGUCCACCAGCACCACCACCACCACUACCCCCUCAUACCUUAGCACACCCAAACCCACAACAACAACAACAUCAACAUCAUACAAACCCACCUUCCCCAAUAGCUCCGUGCAGCCCGGACGGGAAUCCAGAUUCACCGAGCACUUUGAGUACAGCGAGUGGAAGAAUAUGCCUAGCGUGGUUGAUCACAGCAAGCAUUUCGAGUUGAUGGCGGUGCCGAUUGAGCAUGAGAGAAAGGCAGCCGAGGAGAAGGAGAAGAAGAAGUCUUGGGGUUGGGGUAGUGGUAGUGGUAAAUGA